UCGCAACGAGUCCAGGGUCUAAUGACAAGAUGAAGAGAUUAGAAGGAGAUAAAGACAGUCUGCAACUACAGGUGAAUGUCUUGACAGAUCAGAUCGAAGCUCAGAAUGAGAAGAUACAAGAACUAGAGUACGCCUGUGCAAAGAAAAGUAAAGAGUUGGCAGAUUCAGAGACUAAGUUACUACAGGAGUCUGAAAUCCACUGUGAAUUGGAGCAGAGCCAGCAGAAUUAUGCAGUAGAAGCUUCUAAGCUGAAAGCUAGACUAGACUCAGUAGAGAAUGAAACUCUUGUUGUCAGAGAGCGUGCUAUUAUGGCUGAGUCUAAGAUUGAAGAGCAGCAACAAGAGAUGAACAAGUUAAUGUCAAAAUAUCAGCAAAGUCAGAAAACUGUGGGAGACCUUCAAUCAGAAUGUCAUAAAUGGCAGGAGAAAUAUAUGGAAACACAGGCUCUUCUUGAUGAUCUCCAAUCCAAGAAAGUUAAAACUCUUGAUGAAGAAGUAGAGAAAGAGAAGCUAAAGAUUGCUGUGGAUUCUCUGAUCAUUGGUAACAAAGAAAAGGAUAAGACGAUAGAAGAUUUGAAUCAGAGAUUAUCAAAAUUUUACCAUGUCCAGGAGAUGGCAGCUAUUAAUGGCAGAGUUGACAUGGAUAUGCUCCUUGACAUUGAAAACCAAAGAACAGACAGUUUUUCAACGUCUAGUUCAGCGACGGGAGAAACAGAUACAUCAAAAGAUAGUCGCCAGGUCCCACAAGGAUCAUCUCCAGUUAGUCCAGACCGAGACUUCAACCAUCCCAUGAUGGUAGAUAGGACAGAGGAGAUGUUUGGGUCCAAUACCAGCCGACGAUCUGCUAGUCUAGAGAAUCUACAAACCAAUGUCGUACCAUCAACGAAUGAAACUCCUUCUGACCUAUCCCAUCCCACUCCUGACACCAAAAACCCUGACAGACCUCUUAGUGAGGGUCCUAGAACAAUACAUGUCCCUAUACACAUCCAAGGGCAUGGUACGGUACAGCCCCUCCAUUCCACCCCUGACAUGAAACAUCCUCCAGCGGACAGUUCAACCUUUCUUACAGAAGAUCCUAGAACGAUCCAUGUUCCUAUCCACAUUGAAAGGGUAUCUCCUGGGCUAGGAGAUCCUUCUCUUCCCGAAGACAUGAAACACCUGACCAAAGAAUUACCAGAAGUGGUCACCUCAGCAUCAAACAAAACCCCUCCAUUCCCAACCAAUAAUGAGCCGACCUGGGAAUCUGUCCCAAAGAAGGUUAAUUUUGAUUUGGACGCUACGACUGAGAUCAGUAAUGACCAGAGAAGCUCGGUUGGGGAAGACUUUGAAGAUAGGGCGGGUAUUGAUCAUGUUAGUGUUUUCCUGACACAGGGUGCUAAUAGUAAUCCUUCAAACACAAAUGGUCAUAUAGGGAAUGGUGUACGACCUAACUCUGUAGAGUCUCCAACUGACUUGACCUUCAUUGACAUUGACGAUGCCAACGUGGCACACUUCCGUCGUGACGUUUCCCCCAUUACAGGUCACAUGACUCUACCUGCUCCUAAGAAAACGACGGACUCAGAGGGUGAUUUAGCAGGUAGAUCUAAUCCCUCCGGUUACAGGACGCUGCCCUCCCCUCGUAGAAACCAAGAGUUUGAUCUUCCAACCAAGCUCCAGCAGCAAUCGACCAACGGUACACCAGAAUCAAGAAAACCCAGAGCUUCAUUUGGAAAGGGACUCUUUAAAAUCACCUCGAAAAAGACUUCCAGUGCUCCAAAUCUCGCCAUGACUGAGUCAGAAGGAGAGGAUGCCUUAGGAGUGCAGAGACCAAGAAAUGUUACCUUCCAAGGUCUAGAGAGGAGCGGAUACCCCGCCCCUCCAGGGACUCCGCCUAUGGACUACAGAAAACGCAAAGGCAUCAAGAAACUCAUUGGAAAAUUAAAGCGUAGUGGGUCAGCAAAUCUUCACAAUGGUGAUGAUGAUGAUGAUAUCCACCCAGUAGAAUUCUCAAGGAACAAUCGUUUUAGAGCUACAGCAGGACCUAGACUAGCAUGGUCUAGGGACCUAAAGAAGAAUGAAAAUGGGACCAAUGACUUGAACGCUCCAUUUGCCAAGUGGGACAGUGAGCAGGUUUCUGAUUGGCUCAGAGGGAUGGGGCUCGCUCAGUAUGCUGCAUCUUGUAGAGUCUGGGUGAAGAAUGGUGGAACAUUACUUGCUGCUGCUCCUCUAGAACUAGAAAAGUACUUGGGUCUAAAGAAUCCACUCCAUCGUAAGAAGCUUCAGCUAGCCCUUCAGGCGAUGGGAUCAGAGUGUGAAGACAAGCAAGGAGACUUAGACUACCAUUGGGUGACCAGGUGGUUAGAUGAUGUAGGACUACCUCAAUAUAAAGAUACCUUCCUUGAAGCUAAGGUUGAUGGUAGAAUGCUACAUUACAUGACAGUGGAUGAUCUGUUGCUGUUAAAAGUAACAAGUGCCUUUCAUCAUGUGAGUAUCAUGCGGGGUAUACAGUGCCUGAGAUUACAUAACUUCCAUCCAAGCUGUCUGCGGAGGAGACCAACUGAUGAGCCGUGGUAUAAAAACCUUAAAAACAUGCCUCCUUGGAGUAACGAGAUGCCUUAUGAAACAGGAACCCAAGUUGCACUAUGGACAAAUCACAGAGUAAUGGAAUGGUUACGAUCAGUUGAUCUAUCUGAAUAUGCUCCUAAUCUGAGAGGCAGUGGGGUCCAUGGUGGAUUAAUGGUCCUAGAACCUCGUUUUACGGCAGAAACCUUAGCCUCCAUCUUGUGUAUCCCAGGGAACAAGACGUUACUACGGCGACAUCUUAGUACCCACUUUAUCUCUCUGAUUGGUCCUGACAUUCAGCAGCAGAAGAGAGAAGCAGAGAAACAACCCAUGUUUGUACCUCUUAACUUCCUAGCAAAGGUCAAGCCUAAAAAGCGAACAUUUGGUAAGAGCAGGCGAUGGACUGAAAUGGAAGACUACGUCUGUCCAAUGGACCUUGGUCACCCCUCUAGUUUGAAUGGAAUGUCCCAUAUGAAUGGCAACCGGCCUCCUCCACCCUGUUACAAGGUAGAAGUUAGGAGUGCUGACAUGGUUCACAGACAGAGGGAUGAGGAUCAAACAGAUGGACAAGAAAUGAAAGAAGGAACUGCUCAAAAGUUUGGUGCCCUGUCUCAAGAAAUUGAUUCUUUGACGACUAUGCUUUCAGAUGCUGAUGUGGAUAGGAGCACGCAUGUGUGAUGUCAUCAUGCCAACCUCUCCUCCACAGGAUGGCAUUGGAUACAAUCAACAACCUCUCAUCCAGCUAUGUUGCCUUUAAAAAAAAGUUUUUAGAAA